AUGGCCAAUGUUGUGCGAUCGGAAACGCAUCGUCGUUCAUCAUCUCCAGCGCCGGCAAACGAAUCUAGACGUGGUUGGAGCGAGGGGCGCCAACACGUGACUGGCAGUCUCAGUAACAAUCACGUCACGUACGCCAAAACGUGGGCGGAAGAUGUGCAAAAUUACCACGCAGCAAAAUCCGUUCUGCCGUGGCAACCGGAGCAGCAACAACCUGUCAAGUACGUGACGCGUUAUGCAAAAUCACGCGAGGAGCGAGAAUACGAUGCUGUUCUUGGGCGAUUCCGGGACGAAGAUAAAGAGUUGGGACUCCAGCAACGCGAGAGCAUGGAGCUCAAGCGCAACCUCGAAAAAGGACGGGCGAAGCAGCUCCGAACGAUUCAGCGCUUUCAUAUGAUCAGCAACGAGCCAAUGUACCCUGGAGCGAAAGACCCAACGGACAAGCAACCGGUGGCUCAGCCGUAUCGGAAGAACAGUGCUGCUGACUAUGACAUCGUUACAUACAACGGAACAAGUGCUUCUCCACCAACCACUCGUGGCUCACCUUCUCAUAAACCUCGCCGGGAGUUCAACAUCCUCACCAACAAGUACCAUGAUCGCCACGACUCCCGGUUCAACCAAGAAACAGCAGAAGCCAAACGGAUAGCAGCUCAAAAGUACUUCAAGACCCGUACAUUCGACCCGAUCCGCAUCACGUUCGUGGACGAGGAACGUGAAAAGGAGUUUCUCCAACGCAGACAAGAGGAGCAGCAAAUUCACGGUAAAGAUCGAGUGCUAGUACUGCCUCCGCGCGAGCAGUUCUCUGAAGGUCGGGUCUACAACAUCCUUAACCAGGAAGUCAUCAACCCUGAUAAGCUGGCCACCAUAAACAACAAAGACCAGCGUACACUGAAUAAGAUUAAGAAGACGGCAUUCGAAACGAGAAUGCGCCAAGUCGGCGAGACCCAACAAGCUCGGGACACGGAUCUACGGCUCAAUCGCUUCGCCCACGAACGCCACACUGAAAGCCACGCUCAUGGAUAUGACGUGCUCUCCAACCAGCCGUACGCGGGUCGAGAUGCCAAGCAUCUCGUUCAUCCAAGAACACACGCAGCGUUGACACCGUGGCAAGCCAUUGAGAGUGGCCUGCUAGUCAACAAUCGAGUGGCUCCGAACUCACCGACACGCGCUAGGGCACCGUCAACUUCACAAACCAGUCGUGCCGUGCCAAAGCCGGACGUUCUCACAGUCGACAAGUCUCCUACUACACCUCAGGGUUUGAGACAGUCUCCAACUACUUCAAUGCAAGAUCAGGUUCGAACUGGUGGGUUUGGAGCCUAAUAGCUUGUGAAGAACGCAAGAUGAAGGACUUGAUAAGAGAUAAUUACUUAAGUAUUCAGCUAGGAUAAAAUAAAAACCAUUGUACAC